CCCCCCGCGUAUAAGAGCGGUGCGGCACUGCAGCUAGCGCAGUUCUCACUGAGACCCGUCACCCGGACUCUACGUGAGACCCACCGCCCGGACUCACCAUGCGUGAAUGCAUCUCAGUCCAUGUGGGGCAGGCAGGUGUUCAGAUGGGCAAUGCCUGCUGGGAGCUCUACUGUUUGGAACAUGGGAUUCAGCCAGAUGGGCAGAUGCCCAGUGACAAGACCAUUGGUGGAGGGGACGACUCCUUCACCACCUUCUUCUGUGAAACCGGCGCUGGAAAGCAUGUGCCCCGGGCAGUUUUUGUGGAUUUGGAGCCCACCGUAAUCGAUGAGAUCCGAAAUGGCCCAUAUCGACAGCUCUUCCACCCUGAGCAGCUCAUCACUGGGAAAGAGGAUGCCGCUAACAACUACGCUCGUGGUCACUACACCAUUGGCAAGGAAAUCAUUGACCCUGUACUGGACCGGAUCCGCAAGCUGUCUGAUCAGUGCACAGGACUUCAGGGCUUCCUGGUGUUCCACAGCUUUGGAGGGGGCACUGGCUCUGGCUUCACCUCACUCCUGAUGGAGCGGCUCUCUGUUGACUAUGGCAAGAAAUCCAAGCUGGAGUUCUCCAUCUACCCAGCCCCGCAGGUGUCCACAGCCGUGGUGGAGCCCUAUAACUCCAUCCUGACCACCCACACCACCCUGGAGCACUCAGACUGUGCCUUCAUGGUGGACAACGAAGCCAUCUAUGACAUCUGCCGCCGCAACCUAGACAUCGAGCGCCCGACUUACACCAACCUCAACCGCCUCAUCAGCCAAAUCGUCUCCUCCAUCACGGCCUCCCUGCGCUUCGACGGGGCCCUCAACGUGGACCUGACAGAGUUCCAGACCAACCUGGUGCCCUAC